AUGGAAUCUGAUAAAGAAUCACAAAGGCCUGUCUUACCCAAGGACCUCUUUAGAAAUGGCUUGACAUGGAUUUUAUAUGAAAUUUUCAAGCAUUAUUUCCCCAGUGUGGUCUCAUGUACAUUCUGCGUCAUCACCUGGGUAGCAUUUUCAAUGGAUGCUUUUUAUCAAAAUGUCCCUGGACUCUACAUGAUUGGCAGGGUUGUCUUUGAAUCUGCAAUUAACUUCCCCCUUGGAUGGCUUUAUUAUUCGAAAUCGCAUCCCGAUACGACAUUGUUGGUUCAGCAGGUGUUAAAAUCGAAUCCUGGUCUUGAUAUCGAGAAAUGGGACGAAAUUGCGAAUAGAUUAAACUCUUCCUUUUACCAAGAACAUAUGUGGAACACACCUUACUUUUUUUAUGAUGGUCAACAGGGUCAACUUGCAUUCAGAAAUAAUGUUUUAAGGCCAUAUCUCGAAGGGAAAUUUGAAGAUAUUUCCGAUAAGGACAAGAUACAAUCAGCAAAGUUUUACCUACAAUCAAUAAAUGAAAAUUUUAAACUAUCAUUAAAGGACAAUUUGCCAGAAUCCUUUCUAAAUUCUGAACUACCCAGGGACACCUACAGAAACAAAUCUAUGCUUCACUCGCGACAUUUGUUCAUGGGAAUCAUAUUUUUGCGGCGUCAAUAUCAAAUUUUGUUGGGGAUCGUAAUGGGACUUUUUCAGAAAUCAUUUUUUAGUUUGUUUUGUUGCAUAUUUUGGGAUCAAAUUUUCUCAAGAGACAACUGGAGCUUCUAUUGGUUGGUAUAUCCAGAGAUGGGUAUAAUGCAAGGAAUAAAAUUUUUGGCAAUCAUAACAAAAGUUAGUCCUGGAGAAGAACUGGAUAAAUGGGACCAAAUAGCCAGGUAUAUGAAUCAAUAUUUGUCUGAGGAAUAUAAACAUCUUCCUAAUAAUAAUUUUUUUGACGGUAAGCACUGUUUAGACUGUUACCAAGCUUGCUUUAAACCACUUUCCGUUGGAAACAGCUUAGUUUAUGGAGAGUUGAAGGAAAUUGUGGAGUUUACAAAACGAAGAGUAGAGUAA